AUGUCUGCGCGACCUGGGAUGCGUCCCAUCCCUCCAAGGACUGGCCCCAAACCGCCUAUUGGGCGCUUAGCCAGUAUAAAAACCCCCGGGGCAACGGCUAUCAAACGCCCUCAGCCAGUUUCACGCCCUCAACCCGCAAGGCCGACUACUCACCCAAAGACAACAACAUGCCCCAACCCGGGUUGUCCUGCGCCUCAUAUCAUUGAGGACGAUGGCCAGAAGGUCUGUUCAGGGUGUGGUACUGUCGUCAGCGAAGCCAACAUUGUCUCCGAGGUCACUUUCGGUGAGACUGCGUCUGGUGCUGCUGUCGUUCAAGGAGCCUUUGUUGGUGAAGAUCAGACCCACGUUCGUAGCUUUGGCCCCGGAUUCCAACGCGGUGGUACCAUGGAGAGUAGAGAAAUCACAGAACAGAACGGAAAUAGAUAUAUAAAUCAACUAGCCCGUGCUCUUACCAUACCGGAGAGUGCCUCUAAGGCUGCCGGUCAAGUCUUCAAACUUGCUGUGGGGCUAAACUUUAUUCAAGGUCGUCGGACGAAGACGGUGGCCGCUGUUUGCCUAUACAUCGCUUGCCGGCGGCAGGAUGGAAAUACAGUAAUGUUGAUUGAUUUUGCAGACGUCCUGAUGAUAAACGUCUUCAAAUUAGGUCGCACGUAUAAAGCGCUUCUAGAUGAGCUCCGUCUGGGCGGGAACGUCUUCUUAAUGAAUCCCAUAGACCCAGAGAGUUUAAUCUAUAGGUUUGCUAAGCAGCUUGAAUUUGGUUCCUCUACCAUGCUGGUAGCGAGUGAAGCUGUGAAGAUUGUGCAGCGCAUGAACCGCGAUUGGAUGACAACCGGUCGACGUCCUGCAGGUAUCUGCGGAGCUGCUCUGAUCCUUGCGGCACGAAUGAACAACUUUCGCCGUACUGUUCGCGAAGUAGUUUAUGUUGUCAAGGUCACGGAAAUCACAAUUAGCCAGCGCCUAAACGAAUUCAGCUCUACAGAAAGCGGCGAGUUGACUGUGGAUCAAUUCCGCUCUGUGCAGUUGGAAAAUAGUCAUGACCCGCCUUCCUUCACCCGAGCAAGGGAAGGAAGAAAGCCAGCGCGGAGCGUGAAGUCCAAAGUCGCAGAAACUGCCGCUGAGAUUGAGGGGGAUUUAUCCGAAGAAGGGCCAGAGCCUAGCCAGCUAAGGCGAAUUGAUGCAGACGGAUUCGCCAUUCCAAGCCUUCCCAUCGACCCGGCGUUGAUACAAGCAGACAAGGAUAACCAAGCUGCCUCUAUGGCUGAACCAGACGAGUCUGAAGCAACCGCAUCGCGAAAUCGACCUAAGGGCGGUCGCAAAAAGCUGCCCUCGCCAUCUCCAGAACAGGUAGCUUCUGAAGAGGCCCUAGAAGAAGAGAUGUCUGGAUAUUUGACCAAGGGCUCUAACAUGAUCGAAAGCAUUGAGGACGGGUCAACCCCUCAACCAAGAAAAGCCAUAUCAGAUGAUCCCGAGAUUGAUGAAGCAGAAUUUGAAUCAGACCCCGAAGUUUCCAACUGCCUGUUAUCUGCUGCCGAGGUCGAAAUCAAGGAGCGCAUUUGGGUACACGAAAACAAAGACUAUCUACGCAUACAGCAAGCCAAGGCACUAAAAAGGGCACUGGAAGAAGCCGAUGCCCCUCCUGGCGACCGUAAGCCGCGAAAGCGUCGUAAGGGCAGGCUUGGCGAUGUACGGUAUCUCGAAGGUGGAGGAGAAGGAGAAGACAAGGAUGGGAGAAGUACCAGGGCCUCAACUCCAGCCGAAGCUACCCGUCGGAUGCUGGAACGAAGGGGUUUCAGUAAGAAGAUCAACUAUCGCCUUCUAGAGACACUAUUUGGUGAAGAGGAAGGUUCUGAAGACAGCAAGGUGAAAGGGGAUACUGGAAGUCACAUCCGAAGCCGCAGCCAAAGCGUGAUUUCUCGGCGCAGCGCCAGUGUUGACCCUGAGGCGACGAAGCGCACAAGGUUCCUCGGGACUACAUCCACGCCGACAAAACCUGCUGGAACUUCCCUUCCUGCCCCCGCAGCACCUAUACCGGCCGAAUCCCCGAGGGAACGCAAAAUUACCGCUCAGAACGCUGAGCAGAAACAUCCCACUGAUUCUGCGCAAGGGCCAGCUGACCCCGAUGAUGAGGCCGACGACUAUGAUGACGAGGAAGGGGAAGAUGACGAUGCCGAUAUGGUGGAGGCUGCGUUUUCUGGCCAGUACGACUAUUAUGAUGAAGGCAGCGAUUAUGAUAGUGAAUAG